AUAUAAUGUACAAAAACUGUAAUUUAAGCUUGUAAUGAUGAUCAUUAACAAGCGCAAUCAUACCAUAAUGUUCAAGUUACUGUCACUUGUGUCUAGUUCUCGAUAUUAAAUAACAAAACUUUUUAACACUUUAUAAAUACUUAUUCUAAUGACUGAUUUAUUAACAAAUUUAUUAUUUCUUUGUUUAUAAUUUUUUAAGUUUUAUUAAACAAAAAUUUUUUUGUUUUGUAGUAACACAUUAAGAAAAAUCUGCAAUUAGUAUAUUAAAAUAUGCUUUUACUAAUGAUCGUUAUCAUGUGAAACUACACACUUUCAAUUUUGUGAAACUCUUGAGCAAAGAGACGUUUAUUGAGUAUGCACUUAAAGUUACUACAAAUCACGCAGAUAAUUCGUUAUCAGUUAGAUUAGCUAUAUUGAACUUCGUACGGUUUUUAUGAAAAAUAUAUUUUUUCAAUUAAUAAGAAAAUAUAUAAAUAAGUAUUAAAAAAUUUCGACUUUUGUUUAUUUUUAAUAUUCACAUGUGUAAAACUUGUUAUUCAAAUAGUUCACAUUGUUCAGUAGAAUUUAAUACUAUCGCCGUUCUAAUAACAAAUUUAGAGUUGCAACUAUGCAAAAAAUGUCUGAUAAAAUACCACUUAUUAACAAAACUACCAGGGUCGCAGAUAUAUUCUGGGAUGUUGAUGAUGAACCUGACGACGAUAGAACAAUUCAAAAUGAUCAAGAAUGUCGAAUAUCCCAAACUAAUGGAGAUACUACAGUAUCGAUAAAAAUUAAAAUUAUCGGAAUGAGUUGUCAAAGUUGUGUUCAGAAUAUUGAGAGUACAAUAGGAAAACAAAAAGGAGUUUUAAAUAUUCGAGUUAAUUUAGAAGAGAGCGCUGGUUACGUCAAGUAUGAUCCUCAAGAAAUAUCUAGAAAUGAGGUAGUAGAAGCUAUAAAUGAUAUGGGAUUCGAGGCAUCUUUAGAGCCAUCACAAAGUGAUGAUGUUAAUGUUUAUGAUGCAGUUAAUAAAUUGGAAAUUAAUCCCACUGUAUGUACCAUUCAUGUCGAUGGUAUGACUUGCCAAUCUUGUGUUAAAAGUAUUACAGAUGUCAUAUUAAAGAAACGAGGUGUAAUAAAGAUUAAUGUUUCUUUAAAUGAUAAAGAAGCUAAAGUUACAUAUAAUGAUGCAGAUAUUACCCCAAUUGAAAUAGCAACAUCUAUAGAAGAAAUGGGAUUUGAUGCAUAUGUUAAAGAAAUUAAUGGCAAUGCUAUGAUCUCACCAACAAAAACAAUAAGUAAAGAUAAAUGUAAUAAAUCUUUUUUAUCACUUAACGGUGCUGGUGACUAUAAAAAAGCUGAUAAUUUUUCUAAAUGUCAUUUGCAGAUAAAUGGUAUGACGUGCAGUUCAUGUAUUGCUGCUAUAGAGAAACACUGUAAAAAAUUGUAUGGAGUUGAAAAUAUUUCAGUCGGGUUGUUGGCUGCUAAAGCAGAAGUAAUAUAUGCACCAGAUAAAAUCUCCCCUAUGGACAUAGCUUCUAGUAUUACGAAUUUGGGUUUUCCUUCAACAUUGAUUGAAGAACCUGGAACAGGUGUAACUGAAGUAGAAUUACAGAUUUCAGGAAUGACUUGUGCGUCUUGUGUAAAUAAAAUAGAAUCUACGGUAAGUAAAUUACCAGGUGUACAAUCAGCAAAUGUAGCUUUGGCGACCCAGAGAGGAAAAUUUAAAUUCGAUUCGUCGAAAACGGGUGCUCGAGACAUAAUUGAAAAAAUAAAUAAACUUGGAUUUACUGCUAAUUUAUUUAGCAAUAAUGAAAAAGAUAGUAGGAAUUAUUUAAGUCAAAGAGAAGAAAUUCAAAAGUGGAGGACAUCCUUUUUAAUAUCCUUAAUCUUCGGACUUCCAAGUAUGAUAAUAAUGACUUAUUUUAUGUUAGACAUGUCGAUUAAUCAUAAAAACCAUGAAGAUAUGUGUUGUGUUAUUCCCGGGGUGUCUUGGGAAAAUUUAUUACUUUUAAUAUUUUCAACCCCUGUACAAUUUUUUGGUGGUUGGCAUUUUUAUGUUCAAGCGUACAAAGCUCUGAAGCAUGGUACAAUGAAUAUGGAUGUUCUUAUCUCAAUGACAACAACUAUCUCAUAUGUUUAUUCAUUAUGUGUAUUAAUAGCGGCGAUCGCAAUGCAAGAGCAUACGAGUCCUCAAACAUUUUUUGACACACCACCGAUGUUAUUGGUUUUUAUCAGUUUAGGUCGAUGGCUCGAGCACGUAGCCAAGGGAAAAACAUCAGAAGCUUUAUCAAAACUUUUAUCACUGAAAGCUACUGACGCAGUGUUAGUAACUCUGGGACCUAACAAGGAGAUUUUAUCAGAACGAGUGAUUAGUAUUGAUUUAGUUCAACAAGGUGAUGUACUUAAAGUCUUCCAAGGUUCAAAGGUCCCAGUAGAUGGCCGAGUGUUAUCUGGACAAUCAGCUUGUGAUGAAAGUUUAAUUACGGGUGAAAGUAUGCCAGUGUUAAAAAAACCCGAUUCAAUUGUCAUCGGUGGAUCGAUUAAUCAAAGUGGACCUCUUUUAAUAACUGCAACGCACACUGGUGAACACACAACACUUGCACAGAUAGUCCGUUUAGUAGAGGAAGCUCAGACAAGCAAAGCCCCUAUUCAACAAUUGGCAGAUAAAGUUGCUGGAUAUUUUAUACCAUUUGUAAUAAUAGUAUCUGUCCUGACACUUAUUGUCUGGAUCAUAGUGGGAUAUGUAAACAUAAAUGGUUUGCCAAUAUCUACAAUAAAUGAAAUCAAUGGAUUUAGAAGAAAUAAAGAUGAAAUUAUUUUCCAGUAUGCAUUUAGGUGCGCUCUUUCAGUGCUUGCAAUCGCAUGCCCAUGUGCUUUAGGAUUAGCAACACCUACCGCUGUUAUGGUGGGUACUGGUGUUGGUGCUUUAAAUGGAAUUUUAAUAAAAGGUGCUGAUUCUCUAGAAAAUGCGCACAAAGUUAAAUGUAUUGUUUUCGAUAAAACUGGAACCUUAACACAUGGUACACCUACCGUCUCCAGAAUAGGACUUUUUGUCAAUGAAAAUAUAUUUUCAAUAACCAAACUUUUAGCUAUUAUUGGUACCGCAGAAACUCGCAGUGAGCAUCCGAUCGCUUCAGCUAUUGUUCGUUUUGUUAAAGAAACUCUUGGUACUGAAGUUAGUGGUAAGUGUAUAAAGUUCCAAGGUGUCGCAGGAUGUGGUCUCAAGUGUCAAGUUACGCAUUUAUCUACAAUGAUGUCUUAUGCUUAUAAAUCGGAAAAGAUACUUAAUUAUUUAAAUCAAGUGCGACCUGAAUCUUCCGGUACAUUUAAUUUAAAUAAUGUUCCAGUAGAUUUAAUAAAUUUUCCAACAAAAGAUGAUGAUCUAAAUAAUCUCAAGUCUAGUCUUCAGCUUGAAUUAUUAGAUCCUGAUAUGCCAAAUGAUCAAGGUAGUUCUAAAGAUUAUUAUGAAGUGUUUAUUGGUAAUCGUGAGUGGAUGCGUCGAAACGGUAUCACGAUACCUCAACAUGUUGAUGUACAAAUGAUGGAACAAGAAAGUUUAGGAUGUACAUCGAUUUUAGUCGGAAUUAAUAAUAUAUUAGUAGCAACUAUAAAUGUUGCGGAUACAGUAAAACCAGAGGCACAUUUAGUUGUGUAUACUUUGAAAAAAAUGGGAUUAGAAGUAAUUUUAUUAACUGGAGAUAAUCGAAAAACUGCUGCAUCUGUUGCGAAACAAAUUGGUAUCACUAAGAUAUUUGCAGAAGUGCUACCGUCUCACAAAGUAGCCAAAAUACGUAAGCUCCAAGAGCAAGGAAUUCGUGUGGCUAUGAUAGGAGAUGGAGUAAAUGAUAGCCCGGCUCUUGCUCAAGCUGAUGUUGGUAUUGCUAUUGCAUCUGGAACUGAUGUUGCUGUUGAAGCUGCGGAUGUCGUUUUAAUGAAAAAUGAUUUAUUAGAUGUCGUAGGAUGUCUAGAUCUAUCAAGAAAAACUGUAUUUAGAAUAAGAUUAAAUUUUUUAUUUGCAAGUAUUUAUAACUUACUAGGCAUUCCGAUAGCUGCUGGAUUGUUCAGUCCUUUUGGUUUUUUUCUCGAACCUUGGAUGGCUUCUGCUGCUAUGGCCUUGAGUUCAGUUUCAGUUGUUGCAAGCUCACUGAUGCUCAAAUUAUAUAAAAAGCCAACCAAACAAACCUUAGAAACUCCGGAGUAUUUGUCAAAUUUGCAGAUGCAUUGUACGAAACCAUUGGAACAUGUAAUUACGAUGAAUCAUCGUAGUAGAGAUACUUCAAUUAUAGAACCUUUGCGUUCUUCGUCAACAUUAUCGAGGUUGUUUGGGACUAAAGAUGAAAUAGAAGGCCUCCUUAUAGAUGAAGAUCAAGUAGGAUUUACAGUGAAAAAUUUUUCAAACCAAAAAAUUUCUACUGUUAAUGGAGAAAUUAUAUCAUAAUACAUUUUUAAUAAUUUUUUAAUAAAUUUAUUACACAUACCAGUGAUAUAUAUUAAUUUGCUUUUGAUAAUUGAAAACUUGUUUUUGUACUUAACAUGCUUACAUUCAGAAGACAAAGUAAUGAUAAAAAUUUUCUUUCUUAUUUUAUCAAGUAUCAAUUAAUUUUGCAAGUAAUGUAAUCUAAUAGUUACCAUGUAUAAAUAACAGACACAUAUAUGUGUGCGUGUGUGUGGGGUGUAAGACAAUAUUUGCUUAAUAUUUACCAUCAGUAAUAAAAUUUAUGAAUCCUUUAUAAAAUAAGAAAGCAAUUUUAUUUAAUUGACAAAUGAAAAGAUUU